AUGAAUCGAAAUUCUCGGCUGUAUGUCACGAAUCCGAAGCCAACCUACUGUUCUACGAAAUGCUUUAACAAUCACAAUCCGAAGUGCACAGAGCGCUUUUACUCAAAACUGGUUCUCGAUGAGAUUUCUCUGCGGCAAAAGGAAGAUAAAGAAAAAGAUGCGAAGAAAAUGGCAGAGAUCCUACAACGAGUGGGAGAAGAAGUCGUCGAGCCUUUAAUGAUUGAUUCUGUUGUCAACGAGGAAGAAGAAGCUCAGCUUGAGGAUCUUGCACGCCAAAUUGAAGAAGGAAAGGAUAUCAGUGUCAAUGCUCUUCCUCCUACUUACCAUGACGCAUUCUUGCGUGAUGUUGCGAAUGGAGACAUCACUUCGAUCAUUCCUCCGUGGACACCAUGGUGGCUAAUGCCCGAAUCCGAACACACACAAUUAGCAUCUCCGCUUGUCACGGAUUUGGAUGCAAAAUCACAAUCUUCCACGACAAUUCCAUGCAUUAAACGAUUUUUAUCCACAAAAGCAUUCCAAGACGUGCGAUUACCCGUACAUGUGUCUCCCUGUGUGUCUUAUAACGCAUUGGAAGUCGCCUAUUUGUACUGCUUCUUUAUGCGAUUUUACAAUGGCGAUGAGGAGAGUCGUGAGGAUAUCGUCGCGUCUAUUGCGAAGCACAGCUCAGUUCUAUCGAAAAACGCGGUUUUUAGCUCUGCAGACGAAGUGAUUGCGAGUCUGAUGAGCGACUCGCGAUUACAGCAACUGGUUGAACAGGAGUCGAAAGUUGGAAAUUUGGAAUCAGAAAAAGAAGAACGAUUUUGUAUGAUGGUGUUUUUUGAUGUGCUGACGCUUCUGGAAACACCGCAUUAUUUGAUUGACGCGUUGGCGGAUAUAACGUUAAUGAUUCGUGCUGUAUGGCCGAAGGAUAUCGGUAAGGAACGGAAAUGUGCAUUUUUCACCACAUACUUUCGGAAAAUGGACACAGAAACAUUUUGGCUGCUUCGAAAGGAGGUGGAAGCAAGUUUGGAAGUGUUUACAAAGAAAACGGGAAAACGAGCAAUUCAAUGGGUAGAAGAGCUGUAA